AUGGAAAAGGAAGAGGAUGAAGUAAUGUUUGAAUGUAAUACACAAAAAACACCACAACCUAAUAACUCUCAAAAUACAAAUACAAACCCUCCUCCAAAGAAAUCAACUAAGUGUAAUUCAAUUAGAAUUGAAAUGUGCCAAUGUGGUAACAAAAGGAAAGCAACAAAAGCACCUUGUAAAUCAUGUAGACAAUGUUGUCUUAAUAAUGGUGGCUGCACUACUCAUCAAUUCAAAUGUAGUCUUAUUGAAUCUAUUGAGGAAUAUGAUGUAUUGAUUUUGGACUUUGAAACAACUGAUCUUCAAACAAGAGCUCCAACUGAUUGUUAUAUUUAUAAUAUUUCAAAAGAUAGAUUUUUAUCAUUUCCAAAAUAUAUCCUUCCUAGAGUGAAAAUUUUACGAGAUGCUGAAAAAUUAACAGGAAUCACAAAUGAAUUGGUGCAAAAUGGAACUAAGGAAAUGGAAGCAGUUAAAUUAAUUGUUGAUUUCUUACCAAAGAAAUCCUUAAUUCUUGCUCAUAAUGCACCAUUCGACAAAAGUGUUCUACAUCGUGCUUUCAAUUACUGGAGAAUGAAUAAUUCAAAGACAAUAGAUGGUUUGAAAAAUAGUCAUAUCAUUUUCUUAGAUACAAUUCCAAUUUUGAAGAAAGCGUUGAAAUUAGAGAAAAAUCAAUGUAAAUUAGGUAACAUUUAUCAACAGUUAUUUAGAAAAUCAAUUGAAAAUCAGCAUACAGCUGCUGCUGAUGUUAUUGCUUUGAAAGAAAUAUUAGAACAUGUGUUCGGCAAGGAAUCUGUUAUUCGAAAUGUGAAAAAUCAUUUUAAGCUCAUUAAGGAUUUGAAAAAAUCUUUUUUAAUGGUUGAUUCGAAUGGAAAUGAGAUGAAAGAUUCAUUGGAUAAAAUAAUUGCCAAAUCACUAUAA